UGGCUUUAGUUUAAGGAACGUAUUGCCCGCUCUGUAUCGUAUCCGGCUCUCUUAGCAACAGGGAUAUAUUACAUCAGCUGCUGUGGAAAAGCAGCAUUUCGUUUCAAGAAAUCCACCAAGUGUAACAGUAUUAGAACUGGCAGCUAAGGCAGGAUGCGGUUUGCUGCGGUAGUCGGGUGUGUCCUGGCGCUGGUUCUAGUGAGUGAUGCAUACUUUGACUGUCGACGGCGGGGGAUGUCUUGCAAUGGGGGAGCGUGUGACCCCAUCACAGGGAGCUGCAUCUGCAUCAACAACUCCACGGCGAAGGACUGCGGCCUAGGGCCUGAGACCACUGGAUGUGUUGGGGAAUGUCAGAACGACGGGACGUGUACCGACAUCUUGGGUCCCCCGAGCUGCUACUGUAACGAGACUUUCACUGGUCCCCUGUGUGAACUGAGGCGAUCCCAAGUGGAGUGUAGCGGAGAGAAUAUGACCAUAACUAUUCGGCCCUACACUGGAUUCGUCGGCAGAGUGUACAUCCGAGACCAGGCCAAUAAUGAUCAGUGUGCAUUCGAAGAAAAGACAGAUGAAGCAACACCAUACUACCAGCAGAUCUACAACCUUCGUGAAGAUUGUUCCGCUAUCGUGAAGAAUGACACCCCUGGGGUUGGUGACGUGACGUUUCAGCGGGAGGUGAUUGUUCAGUACAAUCCCAAUCUGGAGACGCGGAUAGAUCAGAUUAUCACAAUCUCCUGUGAACAUAUCGCUGCCAACACUUCAGAUCUAGAUAGCACUAUGCCAAGCGUCGACGUCGACCAAAGAACCAACCUUACAAGAGACGAUACGAAGUCGGUGUACGAACCAGUGGAGUUCGAGAUUCAGGAGAGAACUGGAGGCAAGGUCACUCCACCCGUCUUCAUUGGCCGGGAGCUGCGAUUGUUCUUCUCUCUCAAGGACACGGCAGUGUUCAAGACGUUGAACGUGGAGAGUUGCAUGGCUGUGAACGGGCUAACAGGUUCCAACAGGAAGACACAGAACCUGGUCCAAAACAGCUGUCCAACAAUAGAAUCGUUUGAAGUAUUACGAGGGCCCCCAGCACGAAAUUCGGACCAGACCGCUGUUGUCAUCAACUUCGACGCUUUCAAGUUUGUAGACAGUCACGAGCUGGAGUUCGAGUGUAAAAUCCGCACGUGUAAGGAGGGGGACACAAGAUGUGAACCGGAAACAUGUUUUGGAGCCGAGACGGGGUUCGGGAGGAAGAAGAGAGACACUGGGAGUAGGAUGCUGGACGAUGAUGAAACGGUCAUGAGAAGGAGAAUCACAGUGAUAGAUCCUCACUCAUCGCAGAUUAUAACUGGUUCUCCGAACAAAUCCAAAGAAUGCAUUCAGAGGAUAGAGAUCAUCGUUACCAUCGCCAUUCUGGCUGCCGCCGUCUUCAUCCUCUUCAUCGUCACUCUCUGCCUGGCUUUAAGAGCUCUACGGUCACGUGCUAAAACAUCAGCCAGCAGCGACACCGACUCAACGACGUCGUCCGACGGCACACGCCUUAGAAUACCCCGUGUCAGAUCGGUGUUCUAGAUCCUCUGCUGUUAAAAGCUAAAACAGGAAAAUGUUUUUCAAACAUCGGUGCGUCAUUUGACGCCAGGCCUGUGAGUCAUUGGUAUUGCCAAAUGCCUUCUCCGCGUCAUGUGACGCUUACGUAUCCAUUAAAUGAAAUAUUGACCUUUGACAUUGCAUUACAAGGCCGAGUGCAAUGUGUAUCAUUUGUUGAUAUUCUCGGUGGAUAAAACAUUUCAAAUAAUCCGACUGCUUAAGCAUAUUUUCAAGUCCUAAUCUCUCCACUCUUGAGAAAACUAUAUCUGAGAAAUAUAUAAUUUAUAUAUUAAGAGUAAUAAUAGUAAUCACACGUACCGAUGCAUGUAAUGAUAAAUACAAUCAAAUCAAACAAUUCAACAUAAGUGUAUCAUUAGUUUAUUCUCAAAUAUAAUUUAACGUCCAAUGCCCACGUGGAUACUUUACACGGUUGUUUUGUAGACAUUAUCCAAGCAUGUUGAGUAUAUCUUAAUGAUAAUCGAUCAAUAAUGUAUUGCGUGAAUACUAAUCAAUUCCAAGACACAACAAUAUUUUUGAUAAAUAAACAUUAAACAAUAUAUCACGUCUAUUUACAGUUGUACCAUGCAAAACAAUGUAGUUCCUCUACGUUAAUUUUAUAUGUCUGAUUUACAAUUGACAAAAAUGAAAAAUAAUCUUACGUUGACGAUAAAAUAUGGAUUGUGUUACCAAUCAAAGAACACUCACAAUAUGCAUGAUUUUUGUAAUAUAAGGUGAUUAAAACGUUUAAUACAAGACUGUUGGUGGGUAUCGUAGACCCUGAGUCUUUAAAAAUCAAUCAAUUUGAGGGCAUAAAUAUACAUUUUAAAUAGGGUAUUGCCAUAUGGUUCCAAAUUCUGUGAAUCAAAUGUAUAUUUUUAUACAACCAGAGAUUAGCAUUACAAAUUCCUGCAGUCACUAGAGAUGGUAACAUAGACAGAAUCAAAUUUCACCAAAUCGUUUAAUCGUCAAUAUAACUGGUAUACUUUCCUUAUAUUCCCAGUGGCGGUGGGGUAGCCUAGUGGUUAAAGCGUUGGCUCGUCACGCAGAAAACCCGGGUUCGAAUCCCCACAUGGGUACAAUGUGUGAAGCCCAUUUCUGGUGUCCCCCGCCGUGAUGUUGCUGGAAUAUUGCUAAAAGCGGCGUAAAACCAAAUCAGUCAGUCAGUCAGUAUACUCCCAGUUUAUGAUCAAUAAAGGCGGUAUGAGGUAUACAUAUACAAAAUAUAAAUAAAGGUACACAAAAUAUUGCUGAAAAUACUUUCCCAGAUCAGAUAAUAUAGUUGAUAGGACACUUCUCUGUAUAUGUGUGUACAAUAUGUUACAUUUUGUAAAUGCCAAUUUGUAACUGGAACAUAUGACAAAUAUAAUAUGCAUGUUAUUUGUUCAGAAUGCAUGACAGAUGUUCUAUAUUUGUUAUUGUUAAUUAAAUGAUGUAAAUAUUGAUUGUAUACUUUUUUGUAAUAUCUAUAUAUUUUUAAAUAAAGGAUGUAAACUAA